AUGGAGUCGCGGAGGACAGUGAGAUCUCUCCUGGCGAGCUUCGUGCUCGCCGCGUUGGCCGCGCAGGCGUUCGUGGCCGUGGUCGAGUCCCGUGGAGAAGCCGAGCCAGGCGAGGACGUUAAGAAGCCGGACUGCGUGCCGGGGAUGGACCCGCGCUCGUUCCCGGGUACCGGCGGCGGCCACGGCAUCACGCCCGUGACGCCGUCGCACGGAGGCUCCGGCUCCCCCGGGACGACGCCGUCCCACGGCGGCGGCGGGUACGUGCCGACGCCGUCGCACGGCGGGACGCUGCCUUCCCCGUCCCACGGCGGCUCCGGCUCCUCUCCGACGUCGCCCUCCACCGGCGGCGGCUACGGUGGGUCUCCGUCCACUCCCGGCGGCGGCGCGUACGGUGGGUCUCCGCUCCGUCCACCCCCAGCGGUGGUGCCUACGGAGGCAAUAUCUUCUACCUCUGCUCAGCUAGCUGGUGCUGAUCGACACAAUGGAUUCCUAGUUGCAGUGAUAGCAUCUUGCUAUUCUCAGACCAUAAUGGAAAAAGAUGCUUAUGUCUUUUUUGCUCAGUUAGAUUAG